AUGGGCCCCUAUACCGCCUCCUCAUGCUGCUGCCAGCCCCGUAAUCUGCCAUGGGGCCCCGUACCGACUCCUCAUUGCUGCUGCCAGGCCCGUAAAUCUGUCAUGGGCCCCUGUUACGCCUCCUCAUGCUGCUUGCCAGGUCCAGAGUGUGUCAUGGGUCCAUGUACGGCCUUCCCAUUGCUGCUGUCUCUAUUCGCCACACUCUGCCAGUCUUUUUUGGUGUGCCACUUUCAGGUCUCCCUCACACUGCUGGUGUGUUCCAUUUUUGUCAUAGGGUGCCUGUAUGGCCUCCCAUUUGCUGCAGCCCCUCCACCGCCCACCACUGUGGCUCCACACUCUUGGUUUUUGGCCCCCGUGAUAUGCCCAAAUGAGUGAAGUGUGUGCGGUGGAUUCUAAAGUUCGGACGGCACUCCAUCUGGCAUUGUCAUACUGGACUGACAGUAUGAUUUUCUCUUCACCAGCAGACUCCAAGGGCAUUUAAAUUAAAGGUACAGUGAUUCUGCACUAAUAUUA